GGAGUAUUAACCUUGCAUUUCCCUUACACGUUUGGGAGGCAGCCCUAUUGUCACGGCAUUAACUUAGCUUUUCACGUUCAUUAAGGAUCAAUAACGGGCCUAAUUUGCAUAAAAGUGGGAAAGUCUGAUCGGAGGAGCGCGCAGUGAAGGCAUCUCGCUGCGGGAUGGUCCUGUGCCUCUCCAACAGCGGAUAACACUCAUCAGGACGCACGCCGGCCGGGUAAAAGACUGUUCAUCUAAGUCCAAUCAUGCAGUCUCGUCGGCAGAACAGUUCCCCAGACAUCAGGGUGGUCAGGAGUCCCACUAGUCAGGACGGCAUGUUUGGAGUCCGAGUUCAAGUCCAAGGCAUCAAAGGCCAGCCAUUUGUGAUUCUCAACAGUUCAGACCAGGAGAGCCCUCGAGACGUUUCUGUCAUCACUCACCAGGCAGGAUACAACCCGGGGGUAACAACAAGGAAGGCCGGGGAGGACAGACACUCUCCAGCUGCAACAAAUCGAAACACAGGAUCCCCUACUUUUAAUUUUCAUAAGCAUCCUGAGAUUUUGAGACCUUACAACCCUGACAGCAAUGAUAAUAGUAUACUUCUGCCUUCACAAGUAGCAAAGCGACUCAAUGGUAAUGCACCAAAACCAAGGAUCCCACUACCAGCUGAAAGUAUAGAAAUACAUGAAGCACCCCCUGCAAUAGGGCAAAAACCUCCUAAAUCUCCAAACAUCGUAGACACAGACCCAUUCAUGUCUGUGGGCAAACUCAUAAGUCAGUUUAACAACAGUCAGCAGCAGAGGGGAAGGCGAGGGCCAAGAUCAAGACUGGAUCUAGAACAGUGCAGGAGGUCUCGAAGUGUGGACAGCGGGCGGGCCUCUGACUCUUCAUCAUCUUCUUCCUCCAGUCGGGCAUCGUCCCUCAGAGGGGUGAGAGGGGAGACUCCAGCUGUUGUGUACCCUCCUGGUUCGGCCCGGGCCAGACUGCUCAGUGGAGAGGGGACUGUAGUUAAAAAGAGGGAAGAUGUUAAACCAAGUAGACUGACGGAAAGCCAUGGAGCAGAAAUAAUAUCCCCGCAGGCAGUGAGAUUGGUUCAGCGUUCAGUGUCCUCCAGGUCCAACAAUGAUCCAACAGAUGGGAGCGAAGAAAGGGAUGCUCAGGUCACUCCUGAUCUUCUGAAAGGGCAGCAAGAAGUCACAGUGGAUCCGACUGAAGACGCUGCAAAACAAGUGCUGUUCGCCUAUCUACAGGAAGGGACAACUGACAAUGACGCCACGACUGAGAUGAAAGUGAAGCUUCUGCUGGAGCGGAUAAACAGAUUAAAAUGGAGGACAGCGGAGAAUGUGGAGGAGGAGGAGAAAAAUUUUGAAACAGAGGUGAAAGUGUUGCAGAGCAGACAGACCUCACUGGAAGAUGAAGUUUUUGACCUCAAGAUCAGACUACAGGUGGAGCUGGAGAAUGAAAAGACUUUGGCAAAAGCAGUUGAAAAGUCAAGGACAGAUAAGAAGAAACUGCAGGAUGAGUUGGCCCAAAGUCAAAAUGAACUGUCCCGACUCAGGACCCGACUGAGUGAGAUGGAGGCCCAACUUCAGACAACCAAACAUGAGCUGAACCUAAUGAAGUCGGAGAGGGAGCGAUCCAAAACAGAGAUGAAAGACCUUGAGCAGCAGCUGUCCGAAAUGCACGAUGAGUUGGAUGAAGCCAAAAGGGCGGAGAUCAUAAAUGCUCAGAAAGAAGUCCUCCUUAAGGACAUGGCGCAGCUCCGUGCAGACUUCCAAGAGGUGCUUCAUGCCAAAGAGGAGCAGGAGGGGGUGCUGUAUCACAGAGAGAGGGAGCUCACUGCCCUCAAGGGGGCGCUGCAAGACGAAGUGGAGACACAUGAUAAAUACAUGACCGCUCUGAAGGAAGAAUACGAACAGGAGAUAGAAAAACUCCUUAAGGAUUUAGAGUUUGCCAAAGAGAGCAAUACACUUCUGGGCCAUGAGAAAGCACAAAUCCAAGAGGAGAGGGGUACCACUAAAGCCCAGCUGAAGGAGGUCACUCAGGAGAAAGAUCAUCUAAGGGCCAAAGUCCAGGACCUGAACAACAAGGUGGAUCAGCUGAACCAGACCAUCCAAGACUUCAAAACCAGGGAGAGGCUUCUGGAGCAGAGGAUCAAACAGCUGGAGAGAGAGAAAGUGCAGCUCGAGGAAACACUCAAAGACGUGAGGAGGAACGAGGAGGAAAUGUGCCAGUCCAACCAGUGUCUGCUCGGGAGACUGGAGGAGGUGCAGGGUAAGCUGACCAAACUGAACCACGAGCAUAGAGAGCUGAAGGAGAAGUUGAAGGAGGAGAGGAGGCAGAUAGAGGAGCUGUGGAGGAUUAAAGCUGAGCUGGAGGAUGAGAGGAGGAUACAGGACCGGACCAUCGAGCAGCUCCAGAGGAAGAUGAAUAGUAUUAUGGAGGAGUGUGAGGCGUCCACCGAUGUGCUGCAGAGCCAAGUGGACGAAGCCAAAGAGAAGAGCCAGCGGGAGUUGACGGAGCUCCGGAGGCAGCUGCAGGAAAAGGGGGCAGAACUGGAGAAGUCCCGACAGGCCGCCAAAAAACUCCAGGAAGAGCUGCUUCCUGUGGAAGAGGAGCUGCGGAGGUGUCGCCGGGAGCAACAGGAGGCGCAGGUCAUAGGUCAGCGGCUGGAGCAGAGAGUAGCCGAGCUUGAGCAGAAGACCGUAAUCACAGCAGAGGACAGGGAUCGACAGGUCAAACUCAUGGAGACCCGCAUUAGUCAGCUUCAGGAGGAUCUUAAUGACGAGCGGAGCAGUGCUGACCGUCUGAUGGAGAGGCUGGACAAAAUCAAAGAGCAGAUGGAUCAGAUGAGAACAGAGCUGCUGCAGGAGAGGACUUUGAGACAGGACCUGGAGUGUGACAAGAUGAGCCUUGAGAGACAGAAUAAAGAUCUGAAAUGCAGAGUGAACCAUCUGGAGGGAUCACAGCGGACCAACCAGGACUCUCUUGUGUCCAAACUCAACUCUCGCAUCCAGGAGCUGGAGGAGCGGCUCCAAGCAGAAGAAAGUGAGAAUAACAGUUUGCAACAAGCGAACCGUAGAAUGGAGCGAAAGGUGAAGGAAAUGAAGAUGCACGCAGAAGAGGAAAACAUUAACCUGCAGACUGAGAAAGACCAGCUGACUCAGAGGCUGAAAACGGCCAAGAGGCAGAUGGACGAGGCGGAGGAGGAGAUCGAGCGUUUGGAACACGCCAAGAAGAAACUGCAGAGAGAGUUGGAUGAGCAGACAGAGGCCAACGAGCAGCUCCUGGAUCAGAUGAAUGUUCUCAGGAAUGAGCUGAGGCGUAAGAAGAAGCCCUCUGCUCUUAUAAAGGACAGCUUGGACGAUGCAAAUGAUCUGGUCUCAGACUGAGCCACACAGAAAACACAUCAAGUUAAAUGAAGAAAUCAAGAACUUAAUGAUAUUUUACAUGUUUAAAUAUCUCCAAAUAACAUUAUUAAAAACUCAGGUGUGCUGUUGUCAAGCAUUGAGAGGAUUGCUGACACUGUCCUCUUGUGGUAACUUUGAUAACUACUAUUAUGUGACCAACAUGUGAACUUUAAAAGACUGUGUUUAGCAUAAUGCUUUUUGUGUGAUAACUUAUUGUACAUUUGUGUGAAUUUAUGCAAACUGUGAAAAUCGAAAAACUAAUAAAACCAAGUCUUAAUUUG